AUGUUGGUAAUACUUCACUUACAGCUAUCCACCCUUGGAUAUCCAGGUUUGAUAGCAAAAUUAGAUGAUGUGCAACAAAUGGUAAAAGCACCACUGACAGUAGAAGAAGCAAUAGCAUCUCACCCAGACUUGUCAAACCAACUGGUUCAACAUGCUCAUAAGGCUUUUGACAACAAACCUCAAUAUGGCAUACUUGCAAACAUCAUCAAGAGUGGUCUCAUUGAUAUCCUAUCAUCAAAUCCAGAAUCUUGGAGCAAGGAGUUGAUCAAAUAUACUCACACAGUACUUACAACACCGCCAAUCCAACCUACAGUUCAUCCUGUUCACAAAACAAUUCAAAAACUUUUUAUGUUAGAAUGUCUGAAUCUUUUAUCAACUUUGAAGGAUCUCUCAAUUGAAUCAUCACAAAUGAUUUUGAGCUUCUUGGUAAACUUGUAUCAAUUGAACAAUAUGAGUACUCACUCACUCACAUCUGCUCAUUCCUUAAGGCUUGGAAUGGAUAAAACUAUUGAAUUAUAUAAGAUGAAGAUUUUGACUCAUCUUUCUCUACUCAAAUCAUUAGUGAUUGCCCUCCAAGCUAUCAUAGAGAACUCUUUGAAUUCUGGAUAUCAAGUACAUUUCAGUCUUUAUGUCAGGGUGAAGGGUGGAUUUCAGGAUGUGUUAGAAUCACAAGUCAUUCUCACAAGGAUGAUAAAGACAUCUCAUCUCUUCCCUCUCAAGGAUACACAAGGUGGUAAUAUCUUUAUGUCUUGGGCUGAUAAGGAAUCAAGGUCAUAUACCAAUAGAAUUGUGACAUACAUUCAAUCUUUGGAAAAUGAGGUAAAGGUUGAAGAAUUUCUUACAAUUCAAAAACAUCUUGGACUCAAUGGUAUCACAAUCUUUGGUGAUAGUUGGAAUUUUCAAGAAAAGAAAAAGAUUCUUGAGUUUUGGUUCAAUUGUCUAGAAUUCUUUUUAAAAAUUAACAAAGAAUUCACUUCAGAUGAAUCAAAAAUCAAAUUAGAACACUUGAUCUGUAAAGACUUGAAAAGGAGUAUUAUUGCUGUAGAAGAAUUUUUGAUAGAUCGAGAAUCUCAACUUUUGAAUUCUUCUGGUGAAGAUCCUUUAAUUUCUCAAUUCUUGACAUUUUAUAAAAAGAACUUGAGCCUAAUAUUGUAG